UUUAGCACUCCCGUUCAUUCACUGCCAUCCCACCGCUUAUUGUAUUUCUGCGCUUAAAGCCAGUGACUGUAGACACAUUUAAAGAGAAGAGCCUAACAACAAAAUCUGCUGCUCACAAAUCAACACAACACACCAAAUCAUAGCAGUAUGAGCUCAAAGGGUGGCACUGCCCUGUCCCGACGCAACUAUCGCCUGGCAUCCGACACAGACAAACCCAAAGUCACAGGUAUUGUCAGUGAGAAGUUAUUGAGCGACUAUCUGCACCAUGUGUUUCCUGCCUCCAGUAAGCAGGGACCGGCAUCAGCGGCGUACAGGAAAACCCUGACGUUCCAGGAUCUCGGAGCUCAUCUGGAGAAGCUGCUGGCUGAAGAUAAUGUCACUGAGGACAGCAGAGAUCAGAUAGACGGCUGUCUUGGACCUUCGACUGUUGUCCUGGAUCACAGCAGUGGGUUUGAAGGGCUGUUAUUUGUUGACGAUGACCUUUUGGGGGUCAUCGGCCACAGUAACUUCAGCUCCAUCAGAGCCACCACUUGUGUUUACAAAGGGAAAUGGGUCUAUGAAGUUCUCAUCUCAUCUCAAGGCCUAAUGCAAAUCGGAUGGUGCACACUGAACUGCAGAUUCAACCAAGAGGAAGGGGUCGGGGACACGCCGGACUCGUACGCUUACGAUGGAAACAGAGUUCGCAAAUGGAACGUGACAACCACCAACUACGGCAAGUCCUGGGCUGCUGGUGAUAUCGUCAGCUGUUUGAUAGAUUUGGAUGAGGGGACCAUUACGUUUUGUCUUAAUGGACAGUCUCUUGGUGUUGCGUUCAGCAAUAUUAAGACGGGGCCAGGCGUUGCGUAUUUCCCUGCAAUCAGCCUUUCCUUCAAAGAGUCUGUUGCCUUCAAUUUCGGCAGCCGUCCUCUCAGGUACCCUGUGGAAGGUUACCUUCCUCUUCAAAGCCCACCAACCACUGACCUCACCAAAGCCAACAGGCUUCUGGGAUACCUCAAGACAGUCCUGUCCACCUCCAUCGACACACAGGAGGAAAAGCUCGUGGCGAGAGACGGUGGAACCUGGCAGAUUCAAGGAGACCCCACCAUCCUGGUCACCCUUGCACAUGUAUUCAACCACUUCGCACCUCUCAUGUGUAAAGUGUACUUAGUGGAGGAUGUGCUGAUGAACUUCCUGUUGAGUAUACUGGAGGGUGGAGGAUCUGUCGAUGAACAUCCUCUUAUACAACAGCUGCUGGACCUUUUCUGGCUUCUCAUGGAGGACCACGAGGUGAGCGAGUGUCUGAAACAGCUGAUGAUGUCACUGCUGAGAGCGUAUCGCUUCUCUCCCAUCAUCCCUGAUCUGGGCUUUCAGAUUCAUUACCUUCGUCUGACCACAGCGAUACUCCGGCAUGAGAAGUCCAGGAAGUACCUGCUCAGCAACGUCCUGUUUGACGUGCUCCGGUCUGUGGUCUUCUUCUACAUCAAGACCCCUCUGAGAGUGAAGGAGGCUGGGCUGGAGGAGCUCAUCCCGACCACCUGGUGGCCGACACGCUUCGACAAAGAGGGCAAAGAUGAGAGGGACACACGCGAGGAGACGUCCGAGGAGAGGCUAAGACGGCGAGCGUACGAGCGCGGCUGUCACAGACUGAAAAAGAGGAUUGAGGUUGUGGAGGAGCUGCAGGUUCAGAUCCUGAAGUUAAUGCUGAACAACAAAGACAAGGGGACGGGCGAAGCUUCUCGGUAUAUUUUCCUGAACAAAUUCCGCAAGUUCCUUCAAGAGAACGCCAGCAAUAGAGGGAACCCCACAGUGUUGUGUCCUCCGGAAUACAUGGUGUGUUUCUUACACCGGCUCAUCACGGCCAUCAGGAGCUACUGGGAUGAAGGCAAGAGAAGAAGCCCAGGAUCCAUCAGCAGUGAAGACGCGUACGUCCCCCCUCAGCUCUUCUACAACGGGAAGGUGGAUUACUUUGACCUUCAGCGUUUAGGAGGACUUCUCUCGCAUCUGAAGAAAACGCUCAAAGAUGACCUGGCCGCAAAGGCCAACAUCAUCAUAGACCCGGCGGAGAUCCAGGCCACGUCUAUGGACGAUUUGGAUGAAGAUGAGGAAACUGGAGCUGCUCAGAGACCGUCUGGCGCUGUGGCCAUGGGUGGAGCUUUGGCCCGUCCCAGCUGGUUGAGUUCCCCGACGCUGGGCAGAGCCAACCGCUUCCUGAGCACCGCCGCCGUCAGCCUCAUGACCCCUCGACGACCCCUCGCCCCGCCGGAGAAGGUCAAGAUCCGGACCCUCGCCGUGGAGCACAGAACCGAAGAAGACAUCGAGGGAAGCCAUGGUAACGAUGGGCUGUUGCUGGGGCGACCGUUCGAAGAGCCUGACCAGCCAAUCACGGAGAAGUCGCUGCUGGAGAUUCUGGACGGGGUUGUGAUGAUGUACAAUCUGAGCGUUCAUCAGCAGCUCGGCAAGAUGGUGGUUGUAUCGGAUGAUGUUCACGAGUAUGCCAUCGCCCUAAAAGACACGGACGAGAAGAUCGCCCGAUGCCCGAGCAGAAGGCCGGAUAUUUUAGAAGAGUUGCAGAAGAGCCAAAAAGUGUUUGCUGAAAAGCUGAACCACCUGAGUCGUAGGUUGGCCUGGAUCAAUGCCACCAUCUACUCCAAGGAGAAGAUGCUGGAUGUGUACUGGCUCCUGCAGGUGUGUAUCCGCACCAUCGAGCAUGCGGACAGCACAGGCUCCCUGUUUGCAUUCAUGCCUGAAUUCUACCUCAACGUGGUCAUGAACAGCUACAGCGCCCUCAAAAACUACUUCAGCCCCUCCAACUGCAUUGAGGAGCUUCCAGGUUACGAGGACACACUCGCUCAGCUCGCAGCCAUUCUCGCCAAACACUUCGCUGAUCCGCGCAUCGUUGGCACCGAUAUCAAAGAUUCACUGAUGCAGGCUUUAGCCAGUUACGUGUGUUACCCACAAUCCCUGCGUGCCGUCGAGAGGAUCCCAGAAGAACAACGGAUGGCUAUGAUGAGGAACUUGCUGGCUCCAUAUGAACAGAGACCUUGGGCUCAAACUAACUGGAUCCUGGUUCGUCUUUGGAGGGGAUGUGGCUUUGGCUACAGGUACACACGUCUGCCUCAUCUGCUGAAGACCAAACCGGAGGACGCAAACCUGCCCAGCCUGCAAAAGCCCUGUCCAUCAUUACUGCAUCAACGCCACAAUGCUAGUGUGCUGCGAAUCCCUGUAUCGGCAGUUGCAUAACAUCUUUUUUUGACCUCCCUGUGUCUCCAAUAUGGUCUCUUCAUGUCUUAAUUUCUUUCCUGUCAGAUCCAACAGGCAGCUGAGCGGCCUGAGAGGAAUUUUGUGGACACGCGGCAGUUAAAAGUGUGUGCGACCUGUUUUGACCUGUCUGUCAGUCUGUUACGGGUCCUGGAGAUGACCAUCACUCUAGUGCCAGAAAUAUUCCUGGACUGGACCCGCCCCUCCGCCGAGCUGCUGCUGCGCCGAUUGGCUCAGCUGCUGAACCAGGUGUUAAAUCGAGUCACAGCAGAAAGAAACCUCUUUGACAGGGUGGUCAACUUGCGCCUCCCAGGUUUGGAGAGUGUCGAUCACUACCCCAUCCUAGUGGCUGUUACAGGGAUAUUGGUGCGCAUUCUGGUCGACUCCAAUAAACAAGGGAUCUCAAGGGCUGCGUCUGUGCUGCUGUCGGAUCCUUGCUUCCAGCUUCGCUCCAUCCAGUACCUGCUCGGAGAAGGAGACGCUGGAGACGCCGGAGCCGCCAGUGCUGACCGCAAACAUUUCUCUCUGCAUGCAUAUACGGACUACAUCAGCACAGAGGAAGAGCAGAAGGUAGAACAGAUGCUAACUUUCCUGACGGAGGAGUCCAAGCAGGCAGCUGCCAGCACAGCGCCGACCAGCGAGGACGAUCUCUGCCCGAUCUGCUAUGCACACUCCAUAUCAGCCAUCUUCAAGCCCUGCUCCCACAAAUCCUGCAAGGCCUGUAUCAAUCAGCACUUGAUGAAUAACAAGGACUGCUUCUUCUGCAAGGCCACUAUCACUGGAGUGGAUGAUUACACCAAACCAGCCAGCUCUUAGUGCGCCCUUUACACACACACUCUCACACACACACAUUUGGUGUUCAAAAAUCCACAUUAUAUACACUUUCCCCAAAGACUUCACUUCAAAAACACACAUAUUCAGGUUGGACUCUUUGUUUCCACUCAGUCCAUGUAUGGUCACCAUUCUGUCACUGUUGUUUCUGCCAGCAUUGCCCAUCUGCACUGGCGUAUCAUAACAUUUUGUCCUCUGACGAAUGGAACAAGGCCUUGCAAGGCAAUAGCUCUUCCCAGGUGUCUUUCUGAUGAAUGGAUGAGAUCCUGUUUAGAGCUGCAUGCUCAUGGUGCUUCUGAAGGAGCAGCUGAAAAGCUGAAUGUGGAAGAUCUGCUGAUAGUGAUGGAGAGUGUCUCGCCACUGUCUCAAUCACUUCACAUUUUGUCCCGGCUCUUUUUCUCAUCUGAUUUCUGAUUUCAUCUCCUCUCUGCUCAUUUCUAUUCUAUCAUUUCAUCUCAUCUUUUUUAGUCUUCUCAUUUCUUCUCUCCAUUUUUUUCAUCUUUUUCUUGCUUCACCUUGUAUUUUCUCAUUUUGUCUCAUCUUCAUUUUUCAUCUCAUAUCUACCUCUCUAAUCUACUUUAUUUUCCUGUCACCUUUUAGUCUCUGCCCAUUUUGUCUCAUCUCCUCUCUUGUUUUUUUUCCCUUUUUUUCUUAUUCUUCUAUCACAUUCUUGUCUCUCAUCGUCUCUUAUUUUCUCCCAUUAACAUGUUUAGUCUCUGUGUUCUUCUCAUGGUUUCAUCUCACCUCUUUCUUAUUUUCUCGUCUCAUUCUUGUCUUUUCACGUCUCUUCCUGUCUCAUUCUUGUCUCUUUUCUUAUCUAAUUCUUGUCUCUUCUAGUCUCAUUCUUGU